ACCGCUGAGCGGAAGUCAACAUCAUUCGAAGGAGGGCUCGUGUGUGUUGUUGCGCGAGCUACACAUUUUAUUUCCUUAAUCUGUUUCGCUCCAGAUUUCUAUUGCAAAUUUCCAACAUUUAGAUUUGAUCUAUUUCGAAAAUAAUUAUAUUUAAUUGUUUAGAAGAGGAACGCGAUUUAUUAAGAUGGGGUAUAUGGUCGUAGAGAAACACACAUCUGAUCUUCUCCAUCUGAAGAGGUCUCCUGGGAUCAGAUCGUGGUCCCUCCUUGUUGGUAUUGCUUCAGUUGGACUGGCAGCAGCCUAUUACAGCGCUGACAGCGUGUUAUGGAAGAUGUUCUAUGUGACGGGCUGCUUUUUUGUGGCUCUACAGAAUAUGGAGGAAUGGGAGGAGGCAGUGUUUGAUAAAUCCAAGAACGAGAUCGAAUUAAAGACGUUUAGUCUCUAUACAAUGAUAUUGACUAUGUGGAAAAGAGGGCACGAGAGAGUGGUGUUAGAUCUGCGGCACCUGCGGGACGUGAGUGUUCAGGAGGAGAGGGUGAGGUAUUUGGGGAAGGGUUACCUGUUGGUGCUGCGUCUGGCGACAGGUUUCUCUCACCCUCUUACCCAAAGUGCCACGCUGGGCUCACGCAGUGAUGUGGAGGCACUGGCUGCACUUCUGAAGCGCUUCUUGGGUCUUGAAGAGUUACAGCGACGCUUGAUGGCAGAAGAUUAUCCUGAGGAUGACGACACUGAAGAUCUGGGAUUGGGCGAUAGCAGUGAUUCAAAAGAUGAAGAUGAACAUUAAAAAACCUGGAAAAUACACUUUACGUGAAGCCUUACAUGAAACAACCAAACAUUCCAGUCUUACAAACAUCCUGAUGACAAUCUCAAAGCAUUAUCUCUUAUUGUUGCAUUGCAUUUUCUCCAAAGAGGCAUUACCAGAUGACAUUCAGUACUUUUGCACGAUUUCUCUGUAUACUUAGCUGCAUGCAUAAAUAAUUUGACAGUUUGUGAAAUUCCAUUCUUUGGUCAGAGAUCAGUUGGUCAUGUGUUCUGAUCUUCUAUGCAUGCCCAUUCAGAUCACACUGUGCCUUUAUAGACUGCUUGAAUGGUAAACCCUGAAGAGGUUUGUGAUUUUCAUUUUCUUUUUUGUAAAUAUGUAAAUAUUACUUUGGAUUCUAAAACCCAAGUUUUUUCUUUUUUACAUUAUGAGACUCUUAAGCAAGAAUAAUAAUAUUAAACAGCAGCUGCUUAAAAAUCAA